AUGGGUGCACCAGGUUCAGUAGAGAAAACCGAGGAAGAAUGUCAGGCUAUUCUCUCCCCUGAACAGUUCAUUCUACGCCAGAAAGGAACUGAGCCAAAAUUCACUGGGGAAUAUGACAAGUUUUUCGAAGAAGGGGUUUAUACUUGUGCUGGUUGUGGAACUCCACUUUACAAGUCUGCAACCAAGUUUAACUCUGGAUGUGGUUGGCCUGCAUUCUAUGAGGGUUUGCCUGGAGCGAUAAAUCGUUCUCCGGACCCAGAUGGCAGGAGAACUGAGAUAAUCUGUACAGCUUGUGGUGGUUAA